AAAAUACAGAAGGGACCUUCCUUGAUCAUUCAUUCAUUCAUUCAUUCAUUUAGUUUAGUUUACUGCCUCCAUAGUUUUAGUUUCUCAUCCACUUGAAUUGGCAAUAGCAAUAGACUGAUAAAGCUUGUGGCUACAAUCUUCUGCACAGAUAUUAUUUGUUUGCAGAGUCGAUUCCUACCCUAUUAUACCCUUUAAAAUUGAUUGCCAGCCAGUGCGACGGAACAAAAAGAAAAUGAAGAUUUUACUUUUCUCGGCAUCAGUGCUGCCAAUGGUGGCAGCCUUUACGUCCACGUCUCGCAAUGCUCUUUUGACGCCAACUCUGAGGGAUACAUAUGAGGAUAAUGCUCAUUCAGGGACACGGCUUGACAUGGCCUUUCAGACAGAGCAAGCCACCAACAUGUUCGAUGGCCCUUUGGCUUUGACCCGAGAGCGUGAUGCAUGUGGUGUUGGUUUCAUUGCAAACACAAAGAGUGGAGAGGAAUUUGGCACACACAAAGUGCUCCAACAAGGACUUUCAGCUCUUUCUUGUAUGGAACAUCGUGGUGCUUGUGGUGGAGACGGGGAAUCUGGAGAUGGUGCCGGAAUCAUGACACAGAUCCCUUGGAAACUGUUCAGUGAAUUUAGAUCAGAUAAUUGCCCCCAACCAGGUGUUGGAAUGAUUUUCCUGCCAAAGAACGAAGAACGUCGCAAUGCCGUGAAAACCAUGAUUGAAAAUGUCUGCAAAGCCAAUGAGCUAGGCUUUCUGGGCUGGCGAGAAGUACCUGUCAACCCCAAUUCUCUUGGGCCCAUGGCACGGGAUGCGAUGCCUAGCAUUUGGCAAUUCUUUGUCAAAGGACCCCAACGACUCAAGAAUGACGACGACGAACGGGACGGUUUCGAACGAACACUUUAUCUGGUUCGCCGUCGUUUUGAGGUCGAACGAAAGAGACUCGGUCUUGUCUGGGAUGACGAUGAUGGCGAGGUUUAUGUGGCUUCCCUGAGCUCACAGACCAUUGUGUACAAAGGAAUGGUUCAGUCAGCGGUUCUCCCACAAUUUUACAAGGAUCUCACCAAUGAAGAUUUCACCACCAAGUUUGUCAUUUACCACAGACGUUUCUCCACAAACACAAACCCUCGGUGGCCCCUAGCUCAACCUAUGCGAGUGGUGGGUCACAAUGGAGAAAUCAAUACUCUUUUGGGAAAUGUCAACUGGAUCAAGGCUCGCGAGGCAUCCAAAGGAGGUAUCCCAACAGGUACCAAAAUGGAUCCUGAGUCCUCCAUCCGCGAUUUUGUGGACUACGAUUCGACGGAAAACAUUGUGACAAUGUGCAAUACGCAAGACAUUCCUUCCCUACUGGAACCUGUCGUCGACCUCGAUCGUUCAGACUCCGCCAACUUGGACUCGGUCUUUGAACUCAUGACCAAAUCUCGUCAUCGAGCUCCAUGUGCAUUGAUGGCCAUGGUUCCUACAGCCUAUGAAAACAACCCAGAUUUGAAGAACAACCCAGAAAUCGUAGACUUUUACAAGUUCCACGGAGGUCUGUUGGAAGCUUGGGAUGGACCUGCUCUCUUGGUGUUCUCGGACGGAAAGUCUAUCGGAGCCUCUCUGGACCGAAAUGGACUUCGACCGGCCCGUUACUCCAUUGCCAAAGACGGUUCUGUGUACAUGAUGAGUGAGACUGGAGUUAUUCCCGGUCUGCCAGAAUCAGAAAUUGUGGAGAAGGGACGUCUUGGUCCUGGUCAGAUGAUCAAUGUGGACCUCAAGACAGGAGAGUUCAAGGACAACAUCAAGAUCAAGAGUGAAAUUGCUUCUCGUCAUCCUUACGGCGAAUGGCUCGAAAAGAAGAGGAAGGAUGUCAAGAAGACAGAGUUCCCAGCUGAACGUUUGUACGACGACAAAACAACUACAUACGCUCAGUCCACGUUCGGUUGGAGUCUUGAGGAUAUUGGAAUGCAGAUUGCUGACAUGGCUGGCGCAGCAAAGGAAACCACUUAUUCCAUGGGAGACGAUGCUCCACUGUCAGUGUUGUCGGAACGACCACACCCACUCUACAACUAUUUCAAGCAACGUUUUGCCCAAGUUACAAAUCCCCCAAUCGACCCCCUGAGGGAAGGACUUGUCAUGUCGCUUGGAAUGACUCUGGGUAAAAAGGAAAGCAUCUACAAGGUCUCAGAGAGGGGAGCUCGUCUCAUUCACUUGGAGUCUCCUGUUCUGAAUCAAGCCGAGAUGGACCAGAUCGAGGAGCUGGCCAAGGCGAAAAAUGGAGGCUUUGAACAGAAAAAACUAUCUACUCGCUACGCCCUGUCAGAUGGCCCUUCUGGAAUUGUUGCAGCCCUCGAUGCGCUCUGCGACGAGGCCGCCGAACAAGUAAGGAACGGCGCAGAGGUGCUGAUUUUGAGUGAUAUGGCUGAUGACCUAGCCGCCUUGGAAGAGACAACAUACAUCCCACCUCUUCUGGCUGUCGGCGCUGUUCACCACCGACUAAUUGAGGAUGGUCUCAGGAUGGAUGUUGGGCUUAUCGCAGAGACUGGAUCGGCAUGGUCGACUCACCAUUUUGCUUGUCUCGUUGGUUAUGGUGCCAACGCCGUGCACCCAUACAUGGCUCUGGAGACAGUCAAGUCGUGGCACGGUAUCGAGAGGACCCAAAAGAUGAUGGCAGCAGGCAAGCUCCAAAAGACAACAGCGGCAGAAGCACAGGAAAACUACCGGACAGCAGUGGAGAAUGGGCUAUUGAAAAUCUUGUCCAAGAUGGGAAUCUCUUUGCUGACAUCAUAUUCCGGAGCACAGAUCUUUGAGGCAUUGGGUAUUGGGGAAGACGCGGUCAAUCGAUGCUUCAAGGGUACAACCAGCCGCAUUGGCGGAAUGUCGCUGGAAGACAUCGCCUCGGAAACUGUGAUGAUGCGACCUGAAGCUGCCAAGGAAAAAAUGAAGCUUGCCAACUAUGGUUUCUAUAAACCCGUUCCAGCUUUGGGAGAGUACCAUGCCAACUCGGCCGAUCUUGCUAGGCUGCUGCACAAUGCCAUUGGUCUUGACAAGAAAGUCAGUGCUGCUACCAAUCGCGAUGAGCUCGAAAACGAUGGAGUGAAGCCAGCAAGUGUUGCAAACUAUGAAAUUUUCAAGGCCAGCCUCGAGACCGCGCCACUUGCUGCUAUUCGCGACUUGCUUGAUUUCGACUCUGAUCGUGAGAGUAUUCCUAUUGAGGAAGUAGAAACAACCUCAGAGAUCAUGAGAAGGUUCUGCACUGGUGCAAUGUCUCUGGGAGCUCUCAGUCGGGAAGCUCAUGAAACUCUUGCAAUUGCUGUCAACCGUAUUGGCGGAAAAUCUAACUCUGGAGAGGGUGGAGAGGAUAUUGUUCGCACCAAGCCAAUCCGCGAUGUCGACGAAAAGGGGAGAAGCCAAACAUUUCCUCACUUGGCAGGACUCAAGAAUGAAGAUUCUGCCAACUCAUUUGUCCACCAAGUUGCUUCUGGACGAUUUGGUGUCACCCCACAAUUUUUGGUCACUGCGAAACAACUGGAGAUUAAGAUGGCUCAAGGAGCCAAACCAGGAGAAGGUGGCCAGCUGCCAGGAACGAAAGUCUCCGACUACAUCGCAACACUGCGUGCAAGCAAACCUGGUGUAACACUCAUCUCCCCUCCACCUCACCACGACAUUUACAGUAUUGAGGAUUUGGCGCAGUUGAUCCACGACCUUCACGCUGUGAAUGAAAAGGCGGGUGUGUCUGUGAAACUUGUUUCGUCGAUUGGAAUUGGAACGGUCGCUUGUGGAGUUGCGAAGGCACAGGCUGAUGUGAUUCAAAUUUCUGGUAACGACGGUGGAACAGGGGCUUCACCACUCUCUUCCAUCAAGCACGCUGGAUGUCCUUGGGAACUUGGUCUCGCCGAAGCCCAUUCAGCACUGCUCAACAACAACCUUCGUGAUCGAGUUGUGAUCCGUGUUGACGGAGGAAUCCGCACUGGAAGGGAUGUCGCCGUUGCAGCCAUGAUGGGAGCAGAAGAAUAUGGUUUUGGCACAAUUGCAAUGAUCGCCGAGGGUUGUGUGAUGGCCCGUGUUUGCCACUUGAACACCUGCCCGGUCGGAGUGACGAGUCAGAAAGAGGAGCUUCGAAAGAAGUUUCCGGGCACCCCUGAACACGUUGUUAACUUCUUCCAGUUCGUCGCUGAGGAAGUGAGAGAGCUGAUGGCACACUUGGGAUAUUCCAAAUUCGAAGAUCUGAUCGGAAGAGCAGAUCUCCUCAAAGCCAGUCAGGAACAAAGUGACCGGGUGGCAAAGACGAAGAGCGUAAAUCUGGAUCAGUUUUUCAGUGGAGUGCCAGACACAGCUGAAAAUCGCGACUUCCUGAGGGCAACCAUGGAGACGGGGCAGAAGGUACCGAAGGAAGAAAUCGUACACAUCAACGGAUUUAGUUCUGACUUGGACCGCGAGAUCUGCGCAAACGAAGAUGUUCAAAAGGUGAUUGCAGAGAACGCUGGCGAAGCCGCCGUGAGCCUGAAGAUCAAGAACACAGAUAGGAGUGUCGGUGCCAUGAUCGCCGGUGACAUUGCUCGUGCACACGGAAACAUUGGUUUCGAAGGAAAGAUUACGCUUCAACUUGAAGGAAGUGCAGGGCAGUCGUUCGGAGCUUUUGUGCUCCCUGGUUUGUCUGUCCGAUUGAGCGGUGAAGCCAAUGACUAUGUCGGCAAGGGAAUGCAUGGUGGUGAGAUUGUUGUCGUUCCCGACAAUGAUGCAAGCUUUGUUUCGGCAGACUCGAGUAUUGUUGGCAAUGCUUGCCUGUAUGGUGCAACUGGCGGUGAUUUCCAUGCGAAUGGACGAGCAGGUGAGCGAUUUGGUGUUCGAAACAGUGGCGCUUUCGCCGUUGCUGAAGGGGCUGGUGAUCAUUGCUGCGAGUACAUGACUGGAGGUGUUGUGGUUAUCCUGGGAAGCGUUGGUCGAAACGUUGGAGCCGGAAUGACAGGUGGUCUUGGAUACUUUUACGAUGCCGACGGCUCUUUCCCCGAGAAGGUUAAUGGAGAAAUUGUUCAGAUGCAACGACUGGCUACUUCCGAAGGAGAAGCCCAGUUGAAACACAUGAUCGAGCGCCAUUACGAGCUCACUGGAAGCGAACGGGCAGAAGAGCUCCUCAACUCUUGGGAAGAAUCCAAGGAUAAAUUUUGGCAGAUUUACCCACCAGCAGAAGCUGAGACAGCGCUAGUGAAGGAGAAGGAUGUCAUUGCCGUCGAUGAACUUCGGGUAUCGGCCUCCGCUCCUAGCGGUGAAGUUUGCUUCCUCCCCGGAAUCAAGAUGUCGCCGGAGCAGACGCAACGAUGCGCUGACUAGCUAAAAUGAUUGUUCAUAGUAAUUAAUAAGAUGUGCAUGGCUACUAGCUAGUUGUAUCUGAGGACUACAAUCAGUGUGUAGCAAGCCCACAACACGAAUUGGCACCUCUCCCAAAAAUUUGAAGGAAGACAUUCCCCCCCUACCUUUCUCAAUGAACUGUCCAUACUAGCCAUCAUAGCAGCUCCAUCAUUGACUUGGCCGGGGUGAACCGGAGAGCAAAUCGCAACAUCAGGGCCAGCUGGCUGGGAGGAUUGCUCUGGCUUAGUCUCCAACCGACCUUCCUUCAUCAAGACCACGGCGCACAUCCGGAAAAAAUCAUUGGCAUCCAUUGGCUCAAAGCCCAAAGGCAAUACCCGCACCAAACGCAAAGUUUGCGCGUUUGAAUGCACAGGAACCUUGGUGGUAGCAUAGUUCACAAGCUACCGGACGAGGCACCAGCCCAAUGGACUCGGCAGAAGAGACAUUCAUAAAAAUGCUUUUCCUUCUUCAUGGGCUGAGGCAAGAAAUAAUAAUGGACGCCGCUGCAGAGGCCGCCGUUGAUGUCGAUAUUGACUUGCUGAAAUUCCUGUUGAGACGACCAUGAGCAG